AUGCUAAAAUACGAAGCUGGGUUAGAAGCAGCCACGGACGACAACACGAAUAACGCACCAUCCAGUCUUUUCGGCACCAGAUCGAGAAUCGCUAUCUCGAGUGACUCCGUUUUAUCCAUUCGUUUCUCGCCAACUGUAAGCGAUUCUGACACUGAUGACGACAAUGCAGUGCAAAAUGCUGGAAGAAGUUGGAGCAGCUCAGUUGCUGAAAUGGUUCGACAACGCCUUGCAAUAGUAGGCGAAGCAGCUAAUCAAUUGGCUGGGCCAGCAAUUACACGACGAUCCCCUACUGUUCACCGCAUCGUGGAGUAUUCGCACCACCUCGUCCCGGAUAUUGACAAGAUCAUCAACUCUAGUUACUACUGGGGGACUUUUCUUCUUCGUGAUAGUGCUCAGACGGAAUAUUUAUUUUCGGUCUCUUUUCGUCGUUAUCAACGUACCUUGCAUGCUAGAAUUGAACAGGGAAACCAUCGCUUUAGUUUUGAUAUUCAUGAUCAAAGUGUAUUCUCAGCGCCAACCAUAACCAAACUAAUUGAGAAAUACAAGGAUCCGGCGAGGUGCCUCUUUUUCGAGCCACAGCUCACUCAUCCACUUCAUCGCGGUCGCGUGUUCUCUCUUCAGGAACUUUGCCGAGGUGUCAUCGUCAGUCGCACUACCUACACAGGCGUAGCUAGUUUACGUCUUCCACCAAAGCUUAAACAAUAUAUCCGCGAAUAUCACUACACAAUACCCGUAAGAACCGUAACGCUAUCAGAAUGA